GACGUCGCCCUCCGGCUCCCACAGUUGCGGAACACAUCCAUGAUCUAUCCGUCGACGUCUCGACGAUUCAGGGAUCGGAUGAUAUUGGAGAGUACGAGUUCGUAAUACGGUAGGGUCUAUUCCGUAAGGAGGGCGCAAUUAAAAGGCUCAUUGUAUGCCUCCGGCUGCAACAAUGCCGUGUAUCCAGCAAUCCUUAGCAACAUCGCAUGGCUGUCUCAUUCGGUGGUGUAUUGGUGUGUCGACCUAGUAUGUGGACCGGCGAAGCUGGUCUAAUGUUAGUGGCCCAAGUCCUCAGCAUUCGCAUUAGCCAUCUGAUAUCCCUCUCCUCAUUAUUCCUGGGAUAUGGAGACAUAACAGUGAAAAAGCGAAACAUGAAAAAUCAAUGCUUGACUUUGAGAAAUGAUUCGCAAAAUACGACCGAAAUGUCGAAGACCGAAACAUUUGAGGCGCCUAAGAUAUCGAGCCAGAUUCUCAAUGACUUAUGCGGCUUGGAGUUGCAUCAGUAUUCCGGUCUCCGGAACAUCCACCAGAGGCAAAUGUCGCCAUAAAAUAUAUAAUACCGCUCGCUGUUAUGGUAUUGAGUCUCAGUUCCUUGAAUAACUUUGUAAGUUAACGAUGCCUAAGGUAUAGGUAUUUAACCUAUUAA